CCACAUCAAACCAUCACCAUCACCACACCAUCCAUCCAUCCGUCCAUCUAUCGACACACAACACACACACUGCCCCGUCCCGUCCCAUCACGUCUGUUUCCUGGUGCCGGUGAUGAGCACCCACUCGUCCUCAUCUCGCUCCACACGCACAUUGUCAAAGUAACGCCGGUACGCAUCCACCACCAUCGACGCCUGCAUGGCAUACGGCCACGCAAAACCACAUUCUUCCGUCCAUCAUGCCUCUCCUUCCCUCUCUCUGUGUGCCUACUCUGGGCGUGGUGACACCUGAGAGGGCCAGACGUGCGCCGGGAGCCGACAUAGCCGCCAACACACUGCACAAACACACACAGCAAUUAGGUUCUGGGUCGAAUACGUCUUUCGCAGGUCCGCUGACCUGGCCAGCCGCACCAGCGGCCUCGCCUGAAUGUUGGCCACCACAACAUGAAACCUCCCUCCACCGAUCGCACCCCCUUCCUCUCCUGCCGUCCCUCCCUCUCCCCCUUGCACAAACUGCGCCCGCCACUGCGCCGCCAUCCGUUCUGUCUCCUCUUCGCUGGCACUGUCAUCUUCGCCGCUGCUGGCAUCGUCGUCCAGACGGAGGGUGGGAUCGAACGGGGGCGGGGGUGAGAAUGAGGUGACGUGUGUGAGGUUGUUAAUGUCUGCGUUGCGCCGGGACGACGUGAGGGACGCUGGGUCGAUCUCGAUCCCGACUGCGUGGGAUGCGCCGAAAAGGACUGCGGCGAGAGUGAGGACGCCACUGCCACUGAGAGAUGAGAGGAGAAUGGUUCACAGGAGACGGCAUGUGUGUGUGGUCGGUCGCCUGCUCACCUUCCGUAGUCGAGGACGUUUAUUGGCUCUGAUGGGGCAUCCUCCUUCAUCUCACGCAACACCUGACAGCCACUGGAAUUCACCCUAAGGGCCAGCAACACUUGUAUGUGUUCACCCACCUACCUUCUGCAUCCACAGGCAGCACAGCCGCGUUGUGGGAUGGUCCCCUGUGCCGAAUGCAGGACCUCCCUCCAGCACAAGGGUCUUCACGCCGUCCCCCUCUCCCCGAUCUGUGUCACUUUCGUGCCAUGGGAACCGUAUGGUGAGGUUGCCGAUGUGUAUGGGGGGCCACUGCACCAAGCACCACACACAUGAAUCCCCAUCCACCCCCCCCAGACAUGAACGAUUCCAGCUGGACUUCGUGUAUCGGUCGACUCACCUCCUGCUGGAUCUUGCUCAUCCAGUCGAUCGAGGCCGAGAUGCUCCCCACCUGUAGAAUAGCCAACAGAAAUCACGCUGCAUACACACGUGUGGCGUUGUCUGUAUUCCUUGACCUGGUAGGUCGGUGUCCUCUCCAGCUCGAGAGUGUCUUGGAGGAACUCCAUCACCGCCCUGUCGACACACACACACGCACAGGCAGACAGAGCGACACACAUGCGAAAGGCAUGCAGGCAGGUAGGCAGGCAUGCAAGCAAGCAGACGGCCGAUGGCUCACUUGACGUUGCAGUCUUUGGGAAACAUGGCGACCACAUCAGACGACUUCCAAUACCGACCUCGCAUCUUCUCCGCGUCAAUGUGCCCCCUUUCUUCGUAUUCGACGUCAAUCGAUGAGUCCCCCUCCGGCAGCUGGCCUGCGCCUGGUGGCUGACUUCCACCUCUCUGCACAGUUACCGAGAGCGCCCCGCUGUCCAUGAGAAGCUCCUGAAGCACGAACACACACGCACAGGAUAUCAGCAUCUCAUUGCUCAUCCCUCUGUAUGGCUGGCUCACCGACAUGAUGCUUGGGUCCAGCGCAGUGCCCUCCUCACAAAGCAGCCGCACCGUCACCAAAUCCCCACCACCUUCGCCUGAACUCGUCAUCAAGUAGGGCCUCGCCACGACACCUGCAGACACAUGGGCCGUCCACAAAAGAUAGAUCACAUGCAGCAGACGAAUCCAUUCUGUGUUGGCUUACCACGGUGUUUGUGUGUCGAGACUGAGGAUGAUGGAUGUCUGAGCAUGAAGGCGUCACAUUUGAGCCACGCGGGCUGAAAGAGAGCCCAGAGGACGACGGGAAGCGCUCCAGAGAUCUGCAUCACGCUGCCGAAGUGACUCAAGAAACAAGCGUCGAUUCCACAGUCUGACUCAUGGAUCUAGAAAGAUGUAGCGUC